UUCCUCACAGUAGAGUUUCUCACGGAACAUUUUUUGCGUGUAAAUUAUAGAUAUAAUCCAUUGUAAAAUGAGGUUUCGAGCUAAAAUGGUAGACGUGGGCUGCCUAAAUCAUUUUACACGUGUGGUGAAUACCAUCUCAAAAUUGACGAAGACGUGCACCUUCCGUCUCACCACUGACAACAUAUAUUUCAUGCUCUCUGACAAAGUGGCCAAUGGUGGUGUCAGUAUGUGGUGCGAGUUAUCGCAGGCGAACUUCUUUGACGAAUUUCAACUGGAGGGAGUAUCGGCGGAGGCCAACGAGAUCUACCUCGAGCUCCUGCCGGAGAAUCUGGCCCGGGCUUUAAAAACGGCCCAGAAUGCCAAGUCUCUGAAGAUCAAGCUUACAAAGAAACAUUGUCCCUGUCUGACCCUGGCUGCCGAACUGCCUUCACUGUCCAGCGUCAGCCGAGUUGUCACACAUGACAUUCCAGUUGACGUCAUUCCCAGAAGACUUUGGCAAGACUUCAAGGAGCCCAGCGUUCCUGACUUUGACGUUAGUAUAUACCUGCCUCCUUUGAAGACAAUGAAGAAUGUUGUGGACAGAAUGAAGAAUCUUUCUAAUCACAUGGUGCUGGAGGCGAACCAGAAUGGUGAGAUGAAUCUGAAGAUUGAAACGGAUUUGGUUUCCGUCUCCACUCAUUUCAAAGACCUUGGAAAUCCCUCCUGGGGUGAUGACGGUUCCCAGGGCGGCCCGAGCCAGGAUAGGGUUCCCGAGGCCAUGGCCCACGCACGUGUGGACAUCAGGAAGCUGCAGCAGUUCCUUACCAGCCAGCAAGUAAACCCCAGCAAGGCCAUGUGCAAUAUCGUCAGUGAGAGGAUGCUGCACUUUAUUCUGCUGCACGAGGAUGUGUCUCUGCAGUACUUCAUCCCAGCUGUGGCAUGAGAAGAGGAUUCUGGGACUGUGGACACCUGAGAAUUAGCUUGGGCUGAAAAACAGUACGCGUUUGGCACGUGUUAUUAGGAUGCUUACUUGCCUCCCAUUCCUGGCAGAAUAGUCAAUCAAAGCAGAAGUUGGGGGAUUACAGGUAUGAAAAAUGGU